AUGGCUCAGCAGAGGUAUUUGCAUCUCCACUACCAGCCGCCAAACCCCCCCCCCACCCCCAAACUGCUCUCCUUGCCCUCAGGCCCAGCUCGGCCCCGCCACAUCUCCAGAGAUGCCGCUGCUUACAAGCUGGAGUGCAGCAGGAUGCAGGGCGUACUGGCUGUGUGUGGACUGCAGCCCCUGCUGGCCCUCCUUCUGCUUCAGACCGCAGGCUGUGGCGUAACCAAUGCAGACACUGUGGUGAAUAUGCGGAAAGUGACCCAUCAGACCAUAAGCGAGGAGCUGUCCAAAACCGUUCUCCUCCCCUGCCUCUUCACCCUCCGCUCCAGUGCCAGUUCAUCCCAUGAGCCCCCCAGGAUCAAGUGGACCAAGGUCUGGGGCCAGAGAGGCUCCGACGGCCUGCAGAAGGAACAGUCGGUCCUGGUGGCCAAAGACAGCGUGGUCAAGGUGAAGAAGGCGUUCCAAGGUCGUGUAACGCUGCCUGGUUAUAACCUCAACCGCUACAACGCCAGUCUUGCUCUCACCGGGCUUCGUUCCAGUGAUUCUGGUCUGUACCGCUGUGAGGUCGUGGUGGGCAUCAAUGAUGAGCAGGAUACAGUUCCACUGGAGGUCACAGGUGUGGUGUUUCACUACCGGGCCCCUCAUGACCGCUACGCCCUGUCCUUCGCUGAUGCCAAGAAGGUGUGCGUGGAGAACUCUGCGAUCAUCGCAACGCCAGGCCAGCUGCAGGCUACCUUUGCUGAUGGCUAUGACAACUGUGACGCUGGCUGGCUCUCCGACCAGACUGUCCGGUAUCCCAUCCAGUCGCCUCGGCCUGGUUGCUAUGGCGAUCGCGAGGACUCACCUGGAGUCCGUAACUACGGCACUAGGUCUCCUGAUGAGCUCUUUGAUGUUUACUGCUUUGCUAAGCAGCUUCAAGGUGAAGUUUUCCACUCCACUGUACCGGAGAAGCUGAGCCUGGCCACAGCCUCCACCCACUGCCACUCCCUGGGAGCCCAGCUGGCCACCGUUGGGCAGCUCUACCUCGCCUGGCAGGCCGGUCUGGACCAGUGUGAUCCAGGCUGGUUGGCGGACGGCAGCGUCCGCUACCCCAUCAAUGUCCCCCGGAAGAACUGUGGCGGAGACGAGCCCGGGGUGCGGACUGUCUACAACAACCCCAACCGCACUGGCUUCCCCGACACCACAGCCCUUUUCGACGCCUACUGCUACAGAGCCCACCAGCCAGCGGGUGUCCAGGCUGCAGAGGCACAGGCUUUACACCAGACCAUGAACCCGGCAGCACAGGCUGUCUCCUCGGUCACUGACGCCCAGCGCAGUGCCCUUUUUCCCAAGACUUCCACUUGGACUGGCCUGGUAGACUUGGACAAAGCAGGAGUGCACUCCAUUGCCGGAAUCAACAACUCCUCUGAGAUCUCUGAGGAGCACAUAGUCAUUCACUUAAGGCCUGAGGAGAGUUGGAAGGAAGGGCAGGAUGACCCUAGAAGCAGCCAACUCAGCCAGGAGGAGACUGAUGGCCCAAAGAGCAACAACACCUUAGGCCUCUCUGACCUUGAGAGCCAGGAGAGUCAUGGAGGUUCUGCCCACGAGGAAGAAGAUGGCGGUUAUUUUGGAUCUGACACCCCAACAUUAUCCUCGCUAGCUUCUUCGACUCCCCAACCUCAGGCCAGUAACAGUGUGUUGGCUGAGUUUGUGAACACUCUCAUGAGACCCUUUAGGUACUGGACUGGGGGUGAGAAGGUUGAAGAGACAGGGACGGGACUUUCGGUGCCUGAGGAAAAGGUAGGAGAGAACCAGACGCAGAGUGAAGCAUCCAGCGGAAACCUGAGUUUACCCAAAGCCAGCAGAAACAAAGGCAGCAUGGACAACGCCAUCAUGGAGCACAACGGUGAUAGUUUUUCCUUCAAGGCGUCUACCAGUGGACUACAGGGCCCCGUGGAAGGUCUGUCUGAGCAGGAGAAAGAGGUGAUGCCAUUGAUUCGAUUAGUCCCUGCAGUCCAGAACACAGGGCAGAGCAACACCAGCACCCAGCCAGGAGAACAAGCCUCCAGCACAUCUGCUGACAACCCCGUGUCCACUGUUAAUGAAUUCACUGCAUCAAGCACCCAUGCGAGAACACUUCCCAGCGAACAUGUCAACAUAUCCCGCCCUCAGGGUCCCAGAGGAGGCCCAGCGUCUGCUCCCGCCCCCAGCAGCCACUUUCGAUGGGCGAUCAAGUCAAUGCGUGGCUCUACUAAACUAGGCCCCCCAGGAAACAUGGCCAGUGUGGGUAAGCGUCCCACCUGGGAGCCGAUGGAAGCCAAAGCAGGGCCCCUUGAGGUGAUGACCCUGCCCGCCUCCUUCCGACAGGACAACCCAGAAAAUUAUUCAGGUGAGGGGAAGGACCAGGACGGAGAAGAGACUGCCACUCCAUCAGCUGCUAGAACUACUGCGUCGGGGGAGGAGAGGGGGAUAGAAGGGAGUGGAGAGGGGAGCAACUUUCCUGAUGGGUUUGGAGUGAAAGUCAACAACUUGGACAGCAGCGGUGUCAAGCCGAGUCCUGAAACGGAGUCUUCGCUCAGCCAGAGUGAGUCUGUGACUGUGGCCGAGCUCACCACUCUGUCCCAGUGGCAGCUGGUGGAGCAGCCUACCACCCAACCUCAGGAGUCCCAGGAGCCAGACACGACAGAGGAGGCCAGGGGAGAGAUCCUCUACGUCCGCCGGCCUACUCACAACCUCUCCUCUGCCUCCUCACACAGAGGAGAGGGCAGCUCAAAUUCAGGAUUUACUCCUGUUUUUUGGAAGCACGGCAAAAGCACAGUCAGAGAGGAGGUGGUGACUUCAGCAACCGAAGCCUCGAUGGAGGUUCUGACAACCUCUGAGGUGACCACACCAGAGCUUCUGACGACAGAUCCUACCACCACAGCGACCACUACAGAAAAUCCCCCUCACAGCUCCUCCACAGAGGAGCCAUCUAUUUCCGUUUCAAUGGUUCCGGAGGAGCAGGACAAAACAACGACAGCACCCAACCUGCAGGAGGACGGAGCUACCGCAGCACCCAGUGCGGGAUCUCAAACGGCCACGGGAGUCAUUCAGUUGACCACCUUUGCAUCCGACUACAAGGUUGGCGCCACGGAAAUGGAAUCCAGGUCAGCGGUGUCUGAAUCCUUCGUGGUGGGAAGUCGGUGGACACCUUUCAAAGGCGUGAGCCAGAAAACAGAGGAACACAAAGCCAGGGAGACAAAAGACAACAAAGACACAAACAAUCCUUUUGGCAUUCUCGUACCCAACUGGGCCUUUGGUCUCGUCCCACCAGUGGAGAAUAAUCCAUGCCAGACCAACCCCUGUCUCCACGGAGGGAGCUGCCUACAGGAAGGGGACGGCUAUAGCUGCUACUGUCCUCAGGGCUUCUCCGGGGAGAGCUGCGAAAUCGACAUUGAUGAUUGCCAGUCCAAUCCAUGCCAGAAUGGAGGAACCUGCAUUGACGAGAUCAACUCCUUUGUGUGUCUUUGUCUGCCCAGCUACGGAGGAGCUACUUGCGAGAAAGACACAGAGGGCUGCGAGCACACGUGGAGGAAGUUCCACGGCCACUGCUACAGGUACUUCAGCCGCAGACACACCUGGGAGGACGCCGAGAAGGACUGCAGGGAGCACAGCGGCCACCUGGCCAGCAUCCACAGCCUGGCUGAGCAGAACUUCAUCAGAGGUCUGAGCCAUGACAACACCUGGAUCGGGUUAAAUGAUCGUACAGUGGAGGACGACUUUCAGUGGACAGACAAGAUGGAACUGCAAUAUGAGAACUGGCGUGAGAAUCAGCCAGACAACUUCUUCGCUGGAGGAGAGGACUGCGUGGUUAUGAUUUCUCAUGAGAAUGGCAAAUGGAACGACGUGCCCUGCAACUACAAUCUGCCCUAUGUCUGCAAGAAGGGAACAGUGCUCUGCGGAACCCCUCCCCCCGUGGAUAAUGCCUUUCUGAUUGGUCGGAAGCGUUCCCACUAUGACAUCCACUCUGUAGUGCGCUACCAGUGUGCCGACGGCUUCCUGCAGCGCCACGUGCCCACUGCUAAGUGUCGCGCCAACGGCAAGUGGGACCGACCUAAAAUCAUCUGCAUAAAAUCCCGGCGAGCCCACCGCUACCGGCGCCACCACCACAAGGGCAGGAGAGAGCGCAGGAAGCACAAGAGGCACGGCCACAGAGAGGGAGGCCACCACGGAGGAGAGCCGGGCCAGGGCCACAACCACGCCCACUUCUGA